AUAAAGCUGGGCUCGGGACAUUUCUCGUCCUCUCUCGUUCGACACUUUGAGAGCUUGUAGAUCUCCGUUUCGACUCCUCUCAACCCUCUAUGCUCCGCCCUCUGCUGAGAUCUGACGAAAAUCCGUAAAAAAAUUAGUGCAAAAAUGGACUUACUUCGUCAAUUCAAGAUCUGGGUCUUGUUUAUAUGCUUGGUGUUUCAAUGUGGAUGUGGGUUUUAUCUUCCGGGUAGUUAUCCCCAUAAAUACGAUACUGGUAAUACCUUGUCUGUGAAAGUGAAUUCUCUGACUUCGAUCGAUACUGAAAUGCCCUUUAGCUACUAUAGUUUGCCCUUCUGUAAGCCUCCAGAGGGUGUCAAGGACAGCGCUGAGAAUCUCGGCGAGCUCCUAAUGGGGGAUCGGAUUGAGAAUUCACCAUAUCGGUUUAAGAUGUACACGAAUGAGACUCAGAUCUUUUUGUGUAAGUCUGAUCCGUUGUCAGCUGAUGAUUUUAAGAUCUUGAAGAAGAGGAUUGAUGAGAUGUAUCAGGUCAAUUUGAUUCUUGACAAUUUACCCGCCAUUCGGUACACGAAAAAGGAGGGUUUUUUCUUGAGGUGGACGGGGUACCCUGUUGGAAUUAAGGUUCAGGAUAUGUAUUAUGUGUUUAAUCAUUUGAAGUUCACGGUUCUCGUUCAUAAGUAUGAAGAGACCAAUAUGGCCAGAGUUAUGGGAACUGGGGAUGCUGCAGAGGCGAUCCCAACAGUUGACAGGGCAUCUAAUGUGCCUGGGUAUAUGGUGGUUGGAUUUGAGGUAGUCCCUUGUAGUGUCUCACACAACUUUGAUUCAGUAAAGAAUUUGAAAAUUUAUGAUAAAUACCCAUCUGCAAUUAAUUGUGAUCCAACUACUGUGGAGAUGGCUGUUAAGGAAGGUCAGCCAAUGGUUUUUACUUAUGAUGUUUCAUUUGUGGAGAGUGACAUUAAGUGGCCGUCAAGGUGGGAUGCUUAUUUGAAGAUGGAAGGGGCUAAGGUUCACUGGUUUUCAAUUCUUAAUUCCCUAAUGGUGAUCACUUUUCUAGCUGGCAUUGUCCUUGUGAUCUUUUUGAGGACAGUUCGCAGGGAUCUGACCCGAUAUGAGGAGAUUGACAAGGAGGCUCAAGCACAAAUGAAUGAGGAGUUAUCAGGGUGGAAGCUUGUUGUGGCUGAUGUUUUUCGUGCUCCAAACAAUCCUGCACUAUUGUGCAUAAUGGUUGGAGAUGGGGUUCAGAUUCUUGGAAUGGCAGUUGUGACGAUAUUGUUUGCAGCUCUUGGGUUCAUGUCACCAGCUUCUCGUGGUACACUUAUCACAGGUAUGCUAUUUUUCUACAUGGUUCUUGGCAUUGCAGCUGGUUAUGUUGCUGUUCGUCUUUGGAGGACAAUUGGAUGCGGCGAUUCCAAGGGAUGGGUCUCAGUCUCAUGGCGGGUUGCUUGUUUCUUCCCUGGUAUUGCCUUUUUGAUCCUAACCACCUUGAAUUUCCUAUUGUGGGGAAGUCACAGCACAGGAGCCAUUCCCUUUUCUCUUUUUGUCAUUUUGCUCUUGCUUUGGUUCUGCAUCUCGGUUCCCCUUACACUUGUUGGUGGGUACCUUGGGGCAAAAGCCCCCCACAUUGAAUACCCAGUCCGAACCAAUCAAAUUCCUCGAGAAAUCCCAGCCCAGAAGUACCCAUCUUGGUUGUUAGUUCUUGGUGCUGGCACUCUUCCUUUUGGUACUCUGUUCAUUGAGCUCUUCUUUAUCAUGUCUAGUAUUUGGAUGGGCCGUGUUUACUAUGUGUUUGGGUUCCUCUUCAUUGUUUUGAUCCUUCUUGUGGUGGUCUGUGCUGAAGUGUCUCUUGUUCUAACGUACAUGCAUCUCUGUGUGGAGGACUGGAAAUGGUGGUGGAAAUCCUUCUUUGCCUCAGGCUCUGUUGCCAUUUACAUCUUCUUGUACUCAAUCAACUAUCUUGUAUUUGAUCUCAAGAGUUUGAGUGGACCUGUUUCUGCUACUCUUUACAUUGGGUAUUCCCUCUUCAUGGUCUUUGCAAUUAUGCUGGCUACAGGCACUGUUGGGUUCCUUUCGUCUUUCUGGUUCGUGCAUUACCUAUUCUCUUCAGUGAAGCUGGAUUGAAGAACUUCUUCAAGCUCGGAGAUUUGUGCUAUGAAGAGCAGUGGUGGGCAUCCAUGGGAGAAACGAAAGCAACCCUUAAAAUUGUCCUUACAUAUAUAUCUUACUUGUUUUUCAGUUUUAUCGUUUUGCUAGGGAACUUGGUGAAGAUAAUAACAAUAACUUCGUCCAGUUUUGCUUAAUUCUUUAUUAGUUGAAGAUCAUUGCAUGAUACCAAAGCUCAGUUGCAUUCUGGCGGAUAGGAGUAGAUGUGGGGUUUUCAUUAUGUACUUUGAUUGUCUGAGUCUGUAUGGAUUUAUUGGAAUGCAAAAUGAAAAAGAAAAGAAAAAAAUCAAAUUUGCGGCUCUUUA